CUAUAAAUAGCUUUGGAUAAUAGGUUAAUGCCACCAUAGUCACAGCUACCUUUUCCACUCUUCUCAGAUUGAUUUUCUCAGUUAAUAAUCUCGAUAUUGUUGAAUUGCAAUGGCUCCAACAAUGGCAGUAUCAUCCACCGAUUCCUUUGAUAUCACUGAUUUUGUCAUUAAUAAAGGGAAUGGAGUGAAGGGACUUUCUGAUUUGGGCAUCAAAAGCCUUCCCUCUCAAUAUAUUCAACCCCAAGAGGCAUUGAUCAAUAUCAUCCCACAGCAAUCCAUACCCGUUGUUGAUAUGUCUAACUGGGAUAAUGACCCCAAAGUUGCAGAAUCAGUCUGUGAAGCUGCAGAGAAAUUUGGCUUCUUUCAGCUGGUUAACCAUGGCGUGCCACUUGAGGUACUCGAUGGUGUUAAGGAUGCAACCCAUCGUUUCUUUGGGUUGCCAGCAGAGGAGAAGAGGAAGUACACCAAAGAGCUUUCCUCCACCAACAACGUCAGGUUUGGAACUAGCUUUAGUCCUGAUGCAGAGAAAGCUCUUGAAUGGAAGGAUUACCUUAGCCUCUUUUAUGUCUCUGAGGAGGAGGCUUCUGCAUUGUGGCCCUGUGCUUGCAGGGAUGAAGUCCUUGAAUACAUGAAGAGAUCCCAAGUCCUCUGCACAAAGCUAAUGACUGCACUCAUGGAGAAGCUGAACGUGAAGGAAAUAGACAAAACAAAAGAAUCUCUGCUAAUGGGCUCCAAAAGGAUUAACCUCAACUAUUAUCCAAGAUGUCCAAACCCUCAGCUCACUGUUGGGGUAGGUCGCCACUCCGAUGUUUCCUCACUCACUUUCCUCCUCCAAGACGAAAUCGGUGGGCUUUAUGUGCGAGUCAACGAAGGCAAAGGCGAAGAAGAUGGUUGGGUUCAUGUUCCUCCUAUUGAAGGAUCCCUUGUGAUCAACGUGGGAGAUGCACUUCAGAUACUGAGCAAUGGUCGAUACAAGAGCGUAGAGCACUGUGUGAUCGCAAGCGGGAGCAAGAACAGAAUUUCAAUUCCCAUUUUCGUAAAUCCAAAGCCAAAUGAUGUGAUCGGUCCUUUACCUGAAUUGAUCGAUGCUGGAGAGAAGCCAAAAUAUAAGAACAUUCUUUACUCUGAUUAUGUGAAGCAUUUCUUCAGGAAGGCUCAUGAUGGCAAGAAGACUGUCGCUUUUGCUGAGAUUUCAUCUUAAUAAUUUUCCCAUUAUAUAUAUAUAUAUAUAUAUAUAUAUAUAUAUAUAUGCUGUAAUGUAAUUCUAAAAUUCACUUUGAUUCUUGUCCCUAAAAAAAUUAGUUCAACCACAAGAUGCAUGUAAUAACACAAUUAAGUAAUUGACUUCUAUUUCUUCUCA